AUGUUUCACGAUGGUAUAUGCCAGCAGAUAAAUGAGGUCAACGGGGACGUCGGCUGGCAUACAAUGGAAUCGGAUGACUGGAUGUAUUAUCCUCAACAAACUGUAAAUGUGUCUUUGACUGCUGCCACGAUAUCCGCAGCAUUGGUCGGUGGAUGUUGUGCCCCAAACAGAUACAAGACGAGUGGAUUUCUAUUUCAAGAUGAUGGAAGCACAUACUCUGAAACGGGAAAUAAAAUUGUUGCUAUUUCCGAUCUACCAUUGAUGCAGAACAUUACAGUAACAGGCUGGUAUAUGAAAAAAUUUGUCGAUGAUCAUGCCAUGAACUUGACAGUGAUACCAUCCGUGCACCAUCCCGACAAACAAUCUAUUUUUUUCGAAAUCGCAGCUUUUGAUCGAGGUAUGAUUAUAAAGUAUAUAUUUUAUGAUUAUGAGGAUAAAAUGAUUGGAAAUCAUUCCACUGGACUUUUGAGAAAUGUGAUCACAGUACCUGAUAUUACCGUGCCCAGAUUUACACGUCGUGUGUUCUUGUGCAGAACUCCGUCCCACAAGGUAUUGAUGUGUAUCAUUGUCAUGCUUGGAUCCUUUAUUCUGAAUCAAGCUUGGAAUAUACUUAAUUCUCAGUCUAGUAUUUUUCACGAAUGGCUUCCGCGUGCUGCAAAAAUUGUCGCAAUUACUACAUGCACCUUGUUUGGACUUCGGAUGGCACUGGAUAUUCCUUCUUAUGCGAUUACAUUUGCAAGAAAUCUACCCUUUCUAGUUAUAAACUUACUAGCUGCUGUACCUACUAUAGUUGCAUACUCUGUUGUCUUACUUUAUUUUAGCCGGAAUCAUGAUUCUUGGUUUGCCACAGUUUGGACCCUCCUGACGGUAACAAUUUGGCAAAUAAAAUUGUCAUCUGUUACAGAUAUGGCCAAGCAUCCAGGUGUGUUCAAAAAAUAUUUUAGAAAACUCUUUGGUCUUCAUCAAUACGUCAGAAUUCCAUUUGCAAUCAAAACUUCCUUGUCGCUUCUUGUUUACUGCCUUGGACAACUGAUUCCUUUAUUGCUCACUCAAAUGAUUGGUGUCGGUGGGGUUGUGCCUCGUCAUAUUUGUAGUUGGUCACCUUACCUAUCGCAAUUUCAAUACCAUCCUCAACCCAUGGAGUUCGCUAUAUCGGCUUUCUUUUAUAUGCAAGUUUCAGUCUUUGUAGCUACUGGAUUCACAGGAACACUGUAUUUUAUGGUGGAGAUCUCCUUGAUUGGCACGUUUGUUACCAUGCUAAUUUUAAUGGACCGCUUCAGAGAAUCCUUAAUUCAUCACUUAGGCUAUGGUGUAUUUUUUGCUAGUUUUUUCAUUGCGUUUAUUGUUCAGUUGCUGCAGAAAUGUAUUACCAACUUGAUCUUUGUUGAAAGUCGCACACGGUUCAGUAUUCAACAUCGAUCUCCCUUUUUACACUAUUGGUAUUUCAUGAUGCUCACAUCAAUGACCCGUGCUUUAACAUCAUACAUUAUUCGUACUUUGAAAUUGGUCGUCAGAUACCCUUUGUUCAGUCUUCGCGUAGAUCGAAAUGCAGAAACAUGGAGUGUACGUCGCGGUGAUGGAGGGUUCACCGCGUAUUGUGGCAUGCUUUUGGCGGAACAUGAAUAUAACAAUCCGGUAGUGCUUGCGUUUAUAGAAUGCAUUUUGCAUAGCACACAAAGUCUAAACUCCAUGCCUGAUGUUAAGACAAGUCAAAAUACAUUUUGCAGCCAUCAUAAAAAAAAGCUGAUCAUGGACCUGGAAAAAAGAAUUUCGCCAGAAGAAGCAUCCAGGGAUAUGAAAGGGUCUGAUGCUACGUUAAUUGCAGAUACUAAAACCAAACCAUGUCAAACCACUAGUUCAGCGAAAAGAGCGAAAGCACGUUGGUUUUUGGCCUACACCUUAUCAAAUAACCCAGGAGUAAGUUUUCUUUUUUUAAAAAAAAAACAAAAUUAA